AAAUAAUAUAAACAUCCACAACAAUGACAGUUACCUAUACCGGUGAGGUUGCCACAUGCCGCGGAUUUGGCUGUUUUCUCAAAUUGCUACUCAGGUGGCGAGGCAGUAUUUACAAACUAGUAUGGCUGGACUUGGUGGCCUUUCUAUUUCUCUAUUAUUUAUUAAAUAUAAUAUAUCGAUUCGUCCUAAAUGCCGAACAAAAAGUAAUGUUCGAAGCGAUAGCACAGUAUUGCUACAACUACAGUGAUCUCAUACCCCUGUCCUUUGUAUUGGGCUUCUAUGUAUCGAUUGUGAUGACCCGAUGGUGGAAUCAAUACACCAGUAUACCCUGGCCUGAUCCCAUUGCGGUGUUUGUUAGUGCUAACAUACAUGGACAGGAUGAACGUGGCCGUAUGGUUCGUCGUACCAUUAUGCGCUAUGUUUGCCUCUGUUUGACAAUGGUUAUGACGAACAUAUCGCCACGCGUCAAAAAACGUUUUCCCAAUUUGUCGAAUUUUGUCGAAGCUGGUCUAUUGAUCGAGAACGAAAAGAACAUUAUUGAGAGUAUGAAUAAAGGCUUUCCCCGUCAUUCAAAGCAUUGGUUACCAAUUGUAUGGGCCGCCAGUAUUGUAACACGGGCCCGUAAAGAAGGUCGCAUACGUGAUGAUUUUGCGGUAAAGACGAUAAUCGAUGAGCUGAAUAAAUUCCGGGGACAGUGUGGUCUGUUGAUAUCGUACGAUACAAUAAGUGUGCCAUUGGUCUAUACCCAGGUGGUAACAUUGGCAGUGUAUUCGUUCUUUUUGUGCUCGGUCAUGGGCCAGCAGUGGACUGAGAAUAAGGUUGUGGCCAAUAGUAAUUAUUUGAAUAAGGUUGAUUUGUAUUUUCCGGUCUUUACCACCCUGCAAUUUUUCUUCUAUAUGGGAUGGUUGAAAGUGGCCGAGUCGUUGAUAAAUCCCUUUGGUGAAGAUGAUGAUGAUUUUGAGGUCAAUUGGAUGGUUGAUCGCAAUUUGCAAGUCUCCUAUUUAAUUGUUGACGAAAUGCAUCAUGAACAUCCUGAGCUAUUGAAGGAUCAAUAUUGGGAUGAAGUCUUUCCCAAUGAGCUACCCUAUACCAUUGCCUCGGAACGUUUCCGCGAAGAACAUCCCGAGCCAUCAACGGCCAAAAUUGAAGUCUCCAAAACGGCAGCAAUGCCCACGGUUAUGUCCAGUGUUCGCAUUGAUGACAUGGUUGGUAAUCAAAAUCAAGAAUCAAAUCCCGGUUCCCCAACAACUGUGCAGGCAGUUCACUAUAAAUUUCCAAAUCAAGAUGAGGAGGCUGACGAUGCCAGUGGCAUACACUUUACCGCUGGUAAUGGUAAAACUCGCCCCGGUUCUUCACCCAGUUUGGUUAGUCUGAGCGGUACAUUGUCCCGAGUCAAUACCGUCGCCUCGGCCCUUAAACGUUUCCUCAGUCGCGACGAUAGCCGCCCUGGAUCGAUUACACCAAAUGAUGAAACACAAAAAUAUAAAUUCCCUGGCAGUGCCAGUGCAGCUAGUUUAGCAGCAACAGCUAACACCAAGCCUGUGGGCAGCAUGCGUAUCACAGAUCAAGUUAUUGAAGAAGUCGAUGAACAGACAACAAUAACAUCACAUCGUGGCAUCGAUCAUAAUCGUCCAAAUGUACGAGAUAUUUUCUAUCAAGGACAACAACCGACAUCGAAUCCAACAGAACCUAUGGAUAUACCAAGUAAUAAUAAAAUUUAUAUGCGCACACAAUCAUCAGGAGAUCCACAUCUAUUUCCGCCAGGUGGUGUGGAGGCAUUGUUAAGUACCUCAGCACCGGCUGCAGAGAGUCCCAGUAUGGCGAGGACAGUGCCAAGUUCACCAGUGGGUGAGAGUACCAAAUCGCUGUUCGAUCAAAUAAAUCGUGAUCAACGGGAGAGGGGUAGUCGUGAAACAGCACAAUUAUUAGGACGUCAUGAAAUCACAACGCCCCAGUUCAGGUGGUUUUUAUCAACCGUUGAAGAUAUGGAAAUGAAAUCCACUGCCGAUUUACUCGCUGCCGCCGAUGCUGAUGGUGAAGCGGAUGAUUUUGAAAAGCUCAAAGCUGAACGUGAAAAGGAACGGCUGGAAAGACAAAAGCAAAAAUUUGCUCGAUCAAUGAGUACAGCACCGGGUGCUGAGAUAGUGCCAGUAGUGGCAGCCGCGAUUAUACCAGCUGCGACAGCGGCAACAACUGCCAACACAGCCACAUCGUCCUCGCAGCCAACAACAAAUAAUAGUUCAGAUGUUACACCGGUAAAUACAUUGCCACCGGCUAGCUCAAUUAUGGAUUUGCUAUCGAUAUCAGAGCCUGUGACAAAUUCAACGACGAAAAAUAAUGAUGACAAUAAUGAAUGA